AGCUAUGUCUCAAGUACCUUAAAUUCUAAUCAAAGUAAUUUAUGAAACUGUUAACAGUUUUAUUAAAAUCUUCGCGAGUUCUAACAUACGUACCAAGUUUGAGGAUGUGUUCUAUCUUUUCAAAGUUCAAAGAUUAAUAAAAGUAAAAAUUCUAUAAACUAAUAAUAAUGUUUGGACUAUAGGACUUUAUUAAUUUUAUAAAGUUAUUACUUAUAAGAAAAAUUCAUAUAUUUCUGUUUUUAGAGGUUCGUUCGUUCGUCAUAUGACUAAUUUUGUAUAUAAUUUUACUAUGUAUUAUUAAAAUAUGUUGAAAUGCUUAAGAAAAAUAGAAAUAAAAUUUAUUGUGAAUAUAAAAUAAAAUUUUAUUUGUAUUUAUAUAAAAAUAUUAUUUUAUGAUUUUAGUAAAAUAUUUACAUGAAAAAUUUAGAAUUAUUAUUUAUUCAUUUAUUAAUUUAUAUCAGAACAUGUUCGAUUCAUAACCAUAUCUCUUUUUAUUAACUUAUUUAUUCAUUUUGCUAACAGUUACCAUUCAGUUCAAAUGUGUAUACUACUUGUAUUACUUAAUUUUGUGAAGGAAAGCAUCACUUGGUGGUUUUUAUGUGGAAUAGACUGAUCAACUGUACGUAGACAUUACAAGUUUUGACUUCCCCAAUAAGACAUACUUCCAAUAAACCUUAACUUAGUCUUUUUAGAAUAGAAUUGUCUGUCGAUUAGUCUUGUUACGAUUCCCUACUUGGAUUUGUGAAUCGAUCUAAGACCAAUCAAGAACGAAAGCAAACAAACGAGACAUACAAGAUUGUUAACUCUGUGUUCACCGCACUCCUCCGAUGUGAAGAAGAUGCUAUAUUUACCGGACCGGCCGGUGAUGUAUUCAUCACACAUCACUUGCUUGAGAAGAAUCAGAUGACAUAUAAACCUACACGUCUACUUCAUGUUUAUUUAUCUACGCUUAGAUAACUAUAUUUUGUUUGUGGACAAAUAUUGGCUGCAUUCAUUAAGAAUUACGUCCAUUCAAAACUUGUUAUCAUGUCCAUUUAUCCAUGACUAGAUGACCAUUUCUUAUUUGUGAACAAACAUUGACCGCAUUCUUUGAGAACAACUAUCCAUGAAAAACCGUGACUGGCUAUAGGGUACAUUACAAACUAUAUAAAAAAACCUACUACUAUAAGACUUACUCACUUUCACAAACUUGAUACUUUUCUGAUUUUCUCAAAAGCUUUAUCUAUCACGUUCGGUAUAUUUUGAACAAUCGAAUUCAAAAUAUGAACUACACAUUUUACAUAAAAAACUUUCGGUUGCAUACUAAUUCUCUUCGAAACUGCUUUUUAAGAAUAAAGUACAUGUUGUCGUGAGAUGAUGCAUUAUCCACAAUAAUCAUGAAGACUUUCUUUUCUCUAGAUUACCUCGCCGCUUUAACUACACUCAAGAUUACCUCGACGCCUUUGGUGAAUGUUUUUUUGAUUUUGUAAUUUUGAUGAAAAAACUUAAUUUGUAAAAAAUUUUUUUUUUGACUAGAACCUUAUUUUUAUGGUUUUAACGAGAAAAUAAAAUUUGUAAUUUUAACGAUUUUUUGUGAUUUUAGCAAGAAAAUUUGUUUUAUCGCUUUAGCGGAAAAGCUUGAUUCAGCGAUUUAAACAGAAAAUACCGGUUUGUAGAAAAAUUUAAUUUAUGGAAAAAUUUUGAUUUUGAAAUUUUGGCGAAAAAAAUAUUUUGUGUUUUUCAUUAAUAGAUAUGAAUACAUAUUUAAAUACUAGGAGAUCCCUGAUGACUAUUGCCUUCAUUUGGCAAACUCAAAAGUAAAAUACGAAAAUAAAAAUGAUGAGACACAAAGUCUCCAGCGGCCAUUAUAUAAGUUGUUAGUUAUCUUAUACAUAUUUAAAUAUUAGGAGAUCCCCUGAUGACUAUUUUUCUUCUUCUUUUUUUAAAGUACCCCUGACGACUAUUGCCUUCAUCUGGCAAACUCAAAAAGUAAAAUAAGAAAGGUAAAAUUAUUAGAAACAAAAGUCUCCAUCAGCCACCUAACGUUCCACACCGCCAAUUAUAAAAGAAACCUAUACCAGUUGCUCAAGAAAAAAAAAGAAACCUAUGUCCGAUACUUCCUCGACGUGUUCACACUCCUUUUCUCAUAGCUUCAGGGUACAGUCAUUUCAGAUCUUAUAUUUAAACAUUAUCCGGUUCGUCUAUAAGAUGUGUCUGAACACCCCAUUCCACAAGUGUAUAUAACUUCUUUUUUCCCUCAAACCAAACGUUAACAUCUGUUGAGAGGGAAUCAUACGUGUAUCGUUCUAGGUCUUAUUCCUCUCUUCUCAACAUCGAUUAUCAAAUGAGAUAUUUACAAACACAAUAUGAUGAAUCACAAACUGGUUAGAGUUAUAAGCAUUAUUAUAAAAUAAUAUCAGGAAAACUUCUUUAAAAGUAGUUAGUUCACACUGUCAAGUAGCAGAACAUAUUAUUUGAUUAUUGCAUCUACUUUUUAUAGUAAGAAUCAGCUAAGCAUCACUAUAUUGCUACGAUUUUCUUUUCUUUUUAGUGCCCACUGUAUAUUUUCAACAUAAUUUUUUUAUAAACAUUAUCCAAAAUAUUGAUAUGAAAUGUAAUUUAAAAAAAAAAUUGAUUUCCAACAGACUUUGUUUUAGGUUCGUCAUUUUAGCAACUCCACGUAGAGCCUAGUAUAUGUAUGAAUAUUUUAUUUUCUUAGCUAAUAUAGUUUGGCAAACCUUCAACAGGAAAUUGCUAAGUCUAGUACUUUUAUCAGACAUGCUAAAAUAAUGUCAAAAACAGUUGCAAAACGUUUGUCAAUAAAUUGCUUUUGAAUAGAAGCACGCAGCACGCAAAAUCAGAAGGAAAUGGUUUGUAUGGCCGAUCAUGAUCAAAGACAUUUCCUUCCAAUUUUUAUUUUUAUUUAAAUUUAACAGUACUCACAUAGUUUGCUUCAAUAUUUGAAUCACUAAACAGCUUAAAACAACUAAAGAAUGUAACAAGAAUAAAAAUGAGUAAUAAACAAUUAAGAAAUAAAAUAAUACUAAUGGAAAAAGAAAGAAAAAGAGGUAUCAUAGUAUAAAGUCAACUUGCGUGUUCACACCUGUCGAGAUAUUUCUAUUUAUGAACCAGAAGAAAAAGAAAACUUCUCCUCCAAUCCAAAGUAAAACACCUUUUGUCCGAAGCAAAACUCACAACAAACACGACUUCCAAUGAAAGCCGCCGUUUUCCAGAAAGCAAUCGACGAGGAGGAAGAAGAAGAAGAAGUCUGUAAUGCCUUCGACGGCGAGGUAGAUAUCCACACUCAAACGACGUCGUCCCACGACACCAAGAACAUCCUCAAGGGCCUCUUCACUUCCUUGCUCUCGAUGGACCAGAAAAGAGCCAGAGCCAUCUCCGAGGAGGAAAACGGAGAUACUACUACCAAUCGUAAGAAGCCACGUGCCUCACGUGAUGUAACCGAAUCCGAACCGGUUCAGCAGAGGCGGUUAUGGGUCAAAGACCGAAGCAGAGCGUGGUGGGAAGAGCGCAGCCGUUUCGACUACCCGGAGGACGACUUCAAAAACGCGUUUCGGAUGUCCAAAACCACGUUUAACUUAAUCUGCGACGAGCUGAACUCGGCCGUCGCGAAGGAAGACACCGCUUUGCGAAACGCGAUUCCCGUGCGUCAGCGAGUCGCGGUCUGCGUCUGGCGGUUAGCGACGGGAGAGCCGCUGCGCCUCGUCUCCAAGAAGUUCGGUUUAGGGAUCUCGACUUGCCACAAGCUCGUCCUCGAGGUGUGCAAAGCGAUCAAAGACGUUCUGAUGCCGAAGUACCUCAAGUGGCCAGACGACGAGGAAGGUUUGAGAAGCGUUGGAGAAACGUUCGAAGCGGUUUCGGGUAUUCCGAAUAUUGUCGGCUCGAUGUACACGACUCAUGUUCCCAUCAUAGCUCCUAAGAUAAGUGUCUCUGCUUAUUUUAAUAAAAGACAUACCGAGAGGAACCAGAAGACUUCUUACUCCAUCACGAUCCAAGCCGUUGUGAAUCCGAGAGGUGUUUUUACUGACUUGUGCAUCGGGUGGCCCGGGUCGAUGUCUGAUGAUCAGGUGCUGGAGAAGUCGCUGUUGUAUCAAAGAGCUAACAGCGGAGGCCUUUUAAAAGGGUUAUGGGUCGCUGGUGGGCCGGGACAUCCGUUGUUGGACUGGGUUUUGGUUCCGUACGCGCAGCAGGGGUUGACGUGGACGCAGCACGCGUUUAACGAGAAGAUGGGCGAGGUGCAGAGAGUGGGUAAAGAAGCGUUUGGGAGGUUGAAGGGAAGGUGGGCGUGUCUGCAGAAGAGGACUGAGGUGAAGCUUCAGGAUUUGCCCACGGUGUUGGGAGCGUGCUGUGUGCUUCAUAAUAUAUGUGAGAUUAGAGAGGAGAAGAUGGAGGCGGAGCUGAUAGUUGAUGUGGUUGAUGAUGAGGUUUUGCCUGAGAAUGGAUUGAGGUCGGUUAGUGCGAUGAAGGCGAGAGAUGAUAUCUCGCAUAAUCUGUUGCAUCAUGGACUCGCGGUUUCUCUGUUGAUCAAAUUCAUUAUUAUGGUUCGUUUCCCAUCGGAAGAUCGGCAUGCACCAGUUAACUCGACGGUGGUUGCCAUUGACAAAGACAAGAACAGUCACUAUGCUGUUCGUUGGGCCGUCGAACAUCUCUUUAAUCUGAUCGACAAUCGCAACAUGAUUCUAGUACACGUUCGUCUUAAAAAUUCAAACCAUGGAGGAAACGUUAACGAUGAACUAAACAAGCUUUUUAUUCCAUACAGGGGUUAUUGUGCACGAAAAGGGAUUUCAAUGAUGGAGGUCAUUCUUGAUGAUAUAGACGUUCCGAACGCAAUAUUGGAUUACGCUAACAAUAACCUAGUGAACAACAUCGUGUUGGGAACAACAUCUUCAAAGAACCCAUUCGCAAGAUCUCUCAAGUUCACUAAAUCCCAUGACGUUGCUGCUUCCGUUCUAAAAUCAACACCUGAGUUCUGUUCCGUCUAUGUCAUCUCUAAAGGCAAAGUCCAGUCUUCACGUGCAGCUCAAAGACCUAUCACCAAUACCCUUGCCCCACCUCGUGCACCUACGUUUCAUCUCCAAAACCUACCUGACCCUGACCAAGAUCAUCACUUACCUAGGGGCCAGCGUAAUGGAAGAAACAUAACACCGGAGAGGUAUCGUCCUCAUGAGAAUGGCUUCAAUGCUGUGAGAGAAAGGCACAAAAGUGCUGCCAAUGGUCCAUUGGACUUUAAUUAUGAUUUUAACCAGCCAAUGGGUCAAAGGAACUUUGAUGAACCGGAUUUUGGGACUAGGAUGAUGGGUUCCAUUGAUCAAUCUGCUCAUAACUUUGAUAUCAUUGGUUCUUCUAGUUCUUCUGAUGAAUCAGUUUCACAAUCAAAUAAAGAUGUUGAAGCUGAGAUGAGAAGGUUAAAGAUUGAACUCAAGCAAACGAUGGACAUGUACAGUUCAGCCUGCAAAGAAGCACUAGAUGCAAAACAGAAGGCAAAUGAGCUUAACAAGUGGAAACUGGAAGAAACUCUAAGAUUUGAGGAAGCUAGGAGUGCUGAAGAGGCAGCCCUGGCUGUUGCGGAGACGGAGAAGGCCAAGUGCAGAGCUGCAAUGGAAGCAGCUGAGAAAUCUCAGAGGAUGGCAGAUUUGGAAGGACAAAGAAGGAAACAAGCCGAGAUGAAAGCAAGAAGGGAGUCACAAGAGAAAGACCGCGCUAUUAGCGCUUUGGUGCAGAACGAUGUCAGGUACAGAAGAUACUCUAUAGAAGAGAUUGAAGAGGCUACUAACCGAUUCGCGAGCAACAGACAAAUAGGAGAAGGUGGAUAUGGACCGGUCUUUGAAGGUACACUUGAUCACACUCCCGUUGCUAUUAAAGUCUUGAGAGCUGAUGCUGCUCAAGGAAAGAAACAGUUUAACCAAGAAGUCGAGGUUCUAAGUUGCAUCAGACACCCUCACAUGGUUCUUCUCCUCGGCGCGUGUCCGGAAUACGGAUGCUUGGUGUAUGAGUUCAUGGAGAAUGGGAGCUUAGAGGAUAGACUCUUCCGUAGAGGAAACUCGCCGCCUCUUUCUUGGAGGAAGAGGUUCCAAAUAGCAGCGGAGAUCGCUACAGCACUCUCCUUCCUUCACCAAACAAAGCCAGAGCCGCUUGUUCACCGUGAUUUAAAACCUGCCAACAUACUCUUGGAUAGAAACUACGUGAGCAAGAUCAGUGACGUUGGAUUGGCUCGAUUAGUCCCUGCGUCGGUGGCUGAUACCGUCACGCAGUACCACAUGACAUCUGCUGCUGGAACGUUCUGUUAUAUCGACCCAGAGUACCAGCAGACAGGUAAGUUAACGACGAAGUCAGACGUGUAUUCGUUGGGGAUAAUGCUGCUUCAGAUCAUUACUGCGAAGAGUCCAAUGGGUUUGGCUCAUCAUGUGUCGAGGGCGAUUAGUAAAGGAACUUUUAAGGAUAUGCUUGACCCGGUGGUGACUGAUUGGCCUGUGGAAGAAGCUAUGGCUUUUGCUAAGCUGUGUCUAAAAUGUGCAGAACUGAGGAAGAAAGAUAGACCAAAUCUUGGGAAGGAUAUAGUUCCAGAGCUUGUUCGGUUAAGAAACUUCGGUAUGGAUAAAGAGUCAGGUGAAUUGUGAUACAUACAAAACCCUGAACAAAAUCGAUUUCUUUCUUCUGUGAAAAGCUUUAUUAAUUAUAAACGUUCGGAUUAAACUUAA